UCCGUAGCGUGAACACGGAGAGAGAGUCGGCCUUGCCGCCACGGAGGGAACAGGAAUAUUUUGGUUGCGCUCCGCUAGUGUAUUACACCGGCGGCGGCACGGUCGGUGACCGUGCUAGCCAGCAGCCAGUGGUAGCGGCAGCAGCAGCUGGAGACUACGAGUACUACCGUACCGGCAUGUCUUUGUCAAGCCAUGGGUCGCAGGACACGGCAACAAGCGGAGCUAGGAUGCCAAGCGAGCUACGGCGGGAUGGCAGUGAUUCUAACCAAUCCUAUGUCAGUUGCUCGUCCAGUCUACGCUACGAGUCGCUGGAUUCCCUACCGCCGAGCACUCCUGAGACGUCUCGCCGCCCUGACGAGCAGGCGUACAGCAUCAACGAUCGAGGCGAGGGCGAAGCCGAGGUAGAGAGUGCUGGAACCAAGACAGCGCCAUCACCGCACCACCAUCUACGAGUCAGUGCCAGCCCAGCAACAGGUAGCGAUGACAAUGACGACGGCACAGGUGACUGUGAUGCAGACGCGACUGUCAUCCGUCGCCAUGGCGGCAAGUCAUGUGACGACGGGCACGGUCUCACGCCCAGCGAGACUACACCACUACUUCACAAUGGAUUACUGGCCCACAGCAAGCGCCACACUACGGUGCGCGGCACGCGCUGGAUUUUCACCGUGGUCGGUUUCUUCCUGUUCACGUUCCUGUACGGCUGCCGCUUCAACGUCAGUGUCGCCGUGGUGGCCAUGGCCGGCAAUGUUACCAAGUCCGCUGAUCAGAAUGGAACAGUCGUUGGACCUGAGUUCGACUGGACCAAACAACAACAAGGUUAUCUGAACUCUGCAUUCUUCUAUGGAUACCUGGGAAUGUCUCUGCCGUCUGGUUGGAUGACUGGUCAGUUCGGUGCACAUCGCUGUAUCUCCAUCGGUAUGUUCAUCAACAGUGUCCUGUGUUUGCUGACACCACUAGUUGCUAGAUGGAACUUUGACGCCCUGAUUGUGCUGCGUGUGCUGCAGGGACUUUCCCAGGCGUGUGUAUUCCCAGGCUAUCACGCUCUGCUUGGAAAGUGGGCGCCGAAGAAAGAUCUCGGACUGAUGGCGUCUUUAGCAGGCUCAGGGUCGUCUUUCGGUCCGAUUCUCGUUUUCACCGCUGGUAGUGCACUGGUGACGCAUGGGUUUGGUCAUCGAUCUUACCUACACUAUUCCGGGGACAACUGGCCAUCCAUCUUCUAUGUCUUUGGUGCUGGAUCUCUGCUUGCCACUAUCCUAUGGUUUACGUUGUGUUAUGAAAGUCCUGCUGUGCAUCCGUACAUAACUAUGGAAGAGAGAGUCAUGAUUGAAACCGACAUUGCCGCCUCAGACAAAAACACCUUGACGCAAUUCACCUUCCUGGACGUAUUCCCACUGACUGCAUUCCUGCCAGCCAGUAUUCGCCGUCGUACCGCCGUGCCAUGGAGAUCCAUCCUGCUCUCUGUACCAAUGUGGGGUAUUACGUUGACGCUGGCCGCUGGUGAUUUCGGCAGCUAUUCGCUACUGACAUGUAUACCUACAUUCUACUAUGAAGUACACCACUUCAACGUCCUCGAUAGUGGUGUCUACUCCCGCCCUGCCUCAGAUUGGUGGCUACAUCAUUGGACUCCUGUCCGGGAUCGUUGUCACGCUACCAAUAUGGCGUAGGAACCUGUCGACAGUAGCCACACGGCGCAUAUUCACUUGCCUCAGUCACAUGGGUACGGCAGUGUUUCUUAUCGGUGCGGCGUACAGCAAGAGCAAGGCAUUGGCCCUCGCCAUGGUGACGGUGGGAGACGCGUGCAUGUCGUUCAUCACCAUGGGUGCGUUCAUCAACCUGGUCGAUCUGUCGCCGCGUUUCGCCGGAGUGCUCCUGGCCUUCACGAACUCGUUCGGCGCCAUCGGUGGCAUUAUCGGCCCGUACAUAGCGGAUGCAUUGACUUUGGAUCCUGAGACGGAUACCCUGAUGCCGUCAAUCCUUUUCUGCACCUUGUCCUCACCCACUUACUGAGGUGUGGUGAGCCCAUAAGUGGGAUCAUUUCAAGUCCACCCUAGUUUGGGGAUUUCAGGGGGUGUCGGCCGUUGGGUGGUUCAAUGGCCAAUUGAGUCAUCUUUCCAAUAUUCCUUUUGAGUCUCUCUCCCCUCUCCCGGGGAGACCCACGUGACCAGUUUUGGCAGUGAGCAAGUACAAGUACAAGUAUGUACGCAGGUGCUCGUACACGUGCGUGCGUUUCUGUAUGUGUUUGCUGGUGUGUUUGCAUGUGCAUGUGAGGGGGGUGGUGGUGGUGCAAUCCCAGCACAAGUUGCUAUGGCGUCUGCUGUAGGAUAGCUAUCAUCGCCUCUGGCGAUGGGCAUCAAAAGGUCCAAAGGUGUGUGUGUGUGUGUGUGUGUGUGUGUGUGUGUGUGUGUGUG